CAGCACCCUGGUUCUCUCAGUUCGUUGUCAAUCUCACCACCACGGCUGCACUUGUUUCGACGUAAUCGCCGCCAGGAGAUAAUCCGUGCGGGCAGUACUGCGCGACCCUGUGUGAAGCAGGCAUGGCUUGCAUAGUCCAUUCCGACUGCCGCUCUGGUCGCUGCUGGGAUCAUAUGUGUCUGCCCCAAGACUUGACCCUGCCGUCGGGGCCAUCCAAAGGCGACAUUCCAGUCGCCGUCGCCAAGCGAGACGAGUCCACUUCGAGCCUGGGAAGUACCCUCGAUGGAUUGCUGGGGUUCUUGCAGCAAAUCAGCGACAGGGUCACAGAGGCUCUCACUGCCCCACCACCAGAAACGCUCCAGAAACGAAUGCAACCUCGAACAGAGCUGGCCAGCUCGGCAGCGAAUCAGCGGGCUAUGAAGAAUGCAUUCCAAGUCCCGGGGAGACAGGGACGCAGAGCGACCACCAGAGCACGCAGACGCUUGGUAUCCGAAUGGACCGAGUCUCGAAUUCGCUCUGCUGCUGUCGCCAAGGACAGCUCAGGGUCCACACGGCAUACUCUUGGCUUCCGGAAUCGAGCUGUGAGCGAUCGCAGUCCUAAAUCCAGUCCCAAGCCAAGUCCAAGUCCGAGUCCCAGCCCAAGCCCCAAAUCGAGUCCCAGAUCGAGUCCCAGUCCCAGUCCCAGUCCCAGUUCCAAGCCAAGUCCCAGUCCCAGUCCCAGUCCCAGUCCCAGUUCCAAGCCAAGUCCAAAACCAAGCCCGACUCCUCUCUCGAGUGGCUGCACUACUACCGGCAAUUCCUCCUGGAGCUGCCCUGAUUUCUCCCAAGGCGUUUCAUCCGAUGCCUUUCGAGGGAUGAAUGUCGUCCGCGAUGCCUAUGGCUCGCAAAACCGACAGAUUGUUCAAGACCCUGUGGGCACUGCCCAGGUUCUCCGAGUCCUGUACGAGUGCACUUGCUGUUGAUCCAUUGCAGCUUCUUCGCCCCCCCCCACCACCACCAUCACCACUCCAUCGCUCGGCAUUCUUGUCCAUACACACGGUUGCUCUGCCAGGUUGC